CUCACUUUAAUACUUUAUCUUCAACAAAAGAAUGGUAGGUAAAGAUAUUUCAUUUUAUUUUGAUGUGUAUGAAGAUGACUACCAAGAAUUUAUUUCUAAGCUAAGGGAAACACUAAAAGACUCAACGUCCCAUAAUAUCCCAGUGUUGAUGCCACAGACACAGCCCUUGAGCUGGCUGGAUCUCCACAUAACUUCUGGUGAAGACACCAUCAUCUUAAGAAUGGACAGGAGAAACUUAUACGUGCGUGGAUAUUCCAGAGACGAAGGCCAAACAUUCUGGGAGUUUUCAGAUUCUUCCCUGAUUCCGGGAUCCAGACACCUCACUUACAGCGGGAGCUACGCGAGCCGUACAGAUUCUGGCAGCACACUUGUUGGUGUUGCCGGAACUACUCGCCGGAAGAUAUAUUUGGGUCAACAGAAUCUGGUGGACGAUAUUCGUAACCUCGCAAGAACCGAAGACCCGACCACCGGCGGCGACGUCGUGUCACGGUGCGCCAAAGCGCUGCUCCGCUUGAUUCAAAUGUUUCCCGAGUCGAUCAGGUUUCAGUCCAUCACCCAACACAUCGCCACAAAUUGGGGCAGUUCUGCUCAGCUACCCGAGGAACUCGUGUUGCUUCAGAACGAUUGGGGCACUCUGUCCAGCGCCGUGUAGCGGGCGGAGGAGCCCUGUUGGACUCCGGCCACGCCUGACGCCCCUGCCUAAUAUCCCGUCCACAAAUAAUCCCAUAAACAUUUGGACUGUGGGUCAAGCCGCGGUUGCACUGGUGAUCAUGCUGUACAAGGGCCGCCAUGUCAACCUCAUGCUCCUUGCCGAGGAACAACGCGCCGCCAUCCCCAAAACCGUUGCCGGCGCAUCCUAUUUCCGUACAUUCCUCACCGUCAAUUAUGUACGUGUGUUGAACAUUGAUGGAGAGAGUCCCGGUGACCUGUACGGUACCAUAAAGGUGACUGACUUCUGGGGGGAACACACCGUGUAUGACAGGGCUUCCGGUGACACCGAAGAGGUAUAUCCACAAGGAUUGAUAACACUGAUCGGUCCUUCAAGUGCCAUUGACGCCGACGAUUCAGUC